CUUGCAAAGAACAGAGCAUGGCUGCCGCCCCAUGUCUUAUAUCAAACGCCUUGCUCCUCCUCUUCUAUCAAAGUCGUCAGAACUCCAUAAUUUUUGAGCGCACACUUGGGAAGCUGCCUUGCAGUUAACCAUGUCGACAAAGUGUUGCGAGUUUGGUGCAAAUUGAAGCCUUGAGACUCCGCUGGACAAGGUUUCCAAGAUGACUUUCUGGUUGAAUCUUGGCUUUGUGAAGUCAAUUCUGCGUCAUCUGCAGCUCUGGAAAGCUGCUGCGUUGGUGGUUGCGGAUGCCUCAGUCCCAAAGAUAACGCUUCCCGAUGGCCGACAAGUGGCGUACCUGGAGAAAGGGUGCCGGCCGUCAGAUGCAAGGCAUUCCCUACUAUUGUUGCACGGCCUGGGGUCAUCCAGACUGUCUAACAUGCCAGGCAUUUCCAACGAGACCCUGGCUGACUACGGCGUCCGCAUGGUCGCCAUCGACCGCCCCGGAUACGGACAGUCGGACGCGCGGCCGGGACGCACUUUCCGGUCCGAAGCGCAUGACUUGGCACGGGUUGCGGACGCUUUACAGUUCCCGGAGAAGUUCUGGGUACUUGGAUACUCCAUGGGGGGAGCUUUUGCAUGGGGCGCUAUCAGGUACAUACCGGAGCGCCUGGCCGGGGCGACCCUGUGGGCUCCCGUCGGCAGCCUGCACUGGCCGGGGCUGACGUCACAGGAGCGGGCCGACAUCUGGCGGGAGAUUCCGGGGGACUCCAAGUACACCAUAGCGUAUGGGCGGCACGUCCCCCGAUGGGCGCUCGACUUAUGGGCACAACGCGUGAUCCUGCCCAACACCGGCGAUCGCUGGGUUCGGCACGGAAUGAAGCGCUUUUCGCCGCCCGACAAAGCGUACCUUCAGAAACCGGGCGCGGCUGAGAUGCUCACGAAGGACAACACGGAGGCGUUUCGACAGCGCUCGGGGGCGCCGUUCGCCGACGACAUCCACACGAUGGCCGGCAGCUGGGGCUUCGAGCCGGGGGACCUCACCGGGUUCGACAAACCCAUCCACAUCUGGCAGGGGACGGAAGACUGGCUGGUGCCGAAGGGCUUCCAGCGGUACGCCAAGCGGCGGCUGCCGCGGCUCCACCUUCACGAACUAGAGGGGGAGGGACACCUGUCCUGGUUCUGCCACAACGAGGCCAAUCAGCGCAAGGUCCUCGAGUCAAUGUUCGGACCCCCCAUCUCGCUGAAAACGUCCAAGAUCUGAGGGUUGACAACGUUGCGACAAAAUGAAUGAUUGAAAGAGUGAUCGGAGCCCGAGGGCUGUACUAUCAAUAGGAUAUAUAGGACGGCCUUAAGCUGACUCGUGUUCGUGAGUCAGGGUUGAUCAACUGCGGGCAUCGUAGCGGGCAUCGGGAAUGAAAGAGAAUCAUCGGAGUUAGGGGUUAUACAGACAGGUGUAUCCGAAAUGAUCAAUCCCUGCUGGUCGUAACUCCAAACUUCAGAAUAGCAAGCCGCUCGCAAAGCUAGGAACAGCCCAAUUUAAGAGAGAUCAAUCAUGUGUGGCCAGGUAGGGUUGCGGGUGCCAAGGUUCAGGGUAGUCUAGGUUAGUAUAUAGCUUCACGUUUGAAAUAUGCUCGGUCAUUGGCGCGCAGGUCUUAAUGUUGUUCUCCGACAACGCUCACGUAAUUAUAGACGUGCAGGUCACUGAGGAGAAUGCAGCAGUCGUCUUAGGGUCGAUAUGGUGUGGAGCAGCCGUGACUGGAAAAGCUAAAUUGUAGUGGGUGGAGACGUAUUCUGAGGGUUUUGUCACGAUCAACAACCUAUGCUUUCUUCUAACCUCGGAAACUUGAAAGGUCGCGUGCAUAGACGAG